AAGGAACAGAGAGCACCCUGCUACAUUUCCUUGUUGUGAGGUUGGCGUGCAGGCAGUGAAGCUCAAGUGAGCUGGUCAUCAUGCAGGUGAUCCUCCAGGGCAGCAGGCUUGUCUUGGCUCUCGCCUUCAUCCUGAUUUUGGAUUCUUCAGCUCAAGGUUCUCCUGUGCGGAGAGCCAGGUACCAGUGGGUACGCUGCAAUCCUGACAGUAAUUCUGCAAACUGCAUUGAGGAAAAGGGAUCGAUGUUCGACCUACUUCCAGGUGAAUCCAACAGAAUCCUUCCUCCAAGGACUGACCCUUUUUCAAUGACGAGAUCCAAGAACCUAAAUGAUAUCUUCCCUCUUUCUGAGGACUUUUCAGGAUCAGGCUCUGGCUCUGAAGCAGGAUCUGGAAGUGGCUUCCUAAGUGAAAUUGAACAGGAAUAUCAACCAGUAGAAGAAAACAAUGAUUUUUAUCACAACUUUAGGUCUCUGGAGAGAAAUCUGCCCUCAGACAACCAGGACUUGGGUCAAGAUGGACUAGAAGAGGAUUUUACCAUAUAAAAGAGAGGGUUUCCCACCUUGACGCUCAGCAAUGUAUUUUGUGUACCAUGGUUAAAUGAUUAAUUUGGGGACAAAAAGCUUUAAAGAAAUUUUAAAACGUCUGAAAAUGAAGUUUAAGUUUUAUCAUCUUUUCUUUCUCAUGAAUUCUUAAAGCCUCCUUUACCUAUACUAUUGCCCUAGAAAAUACCUGCACUUUUUUUUGUAUUAUAUUCAACAACAUCGCUAUGAAAUUAACCAGACUCCCCAUGUCUAUAAAAUUGCUUUAAAGAAUAAAUUAUAUUGUUUUAAAAAAAAGUUAGUUUGAGAAGCAAAUUGACAGGUACUAUUUCAUAUCUAAGCCUUCAGGAACCUGACUCUGUGAAUUCUAGAUUCGCCCCUUUUCUUAUGAAAAAACACAGAUGAAACACACAGUGAAUGUAUAGAGUGGGUAUUUGAUAUGUUUUAAGGUGUGAAGUUAACUGCUCUAAUAUUACCAUUCAAUGUGUUUGCAAAGCUAGUGGACAUUAUUGCGUAGAAGUGUGAUUGCUGUCACAAUUAGAAACUUAACACCCAAAUUAAAGCACAGUUGUGCUCUCAAUACCUCAUACUGCUUUACCUUUUUUCCUGGAUAUCUAUGUAUUUUCAAAUGUUACUGUAUUAAAGCAGAAGUAUAAUCAAAGGGU